GAUUAAAAAAUGGCCGAUAACUCUCAACCGCCAUAUUAUUAUCCCUUCUGCCGUUACCCACAAGCCCAUGGCGACGUGCUUUCUUCUACCAAUUCACUUGAAACCGAAGAAUUCCCCCAAACCCACCUCCUUCCACAGUCCUAAACUCACCUGCUCGUCCGCCACAACCCAAUCCCAAUCAGCUAAACAACAUCUCCUCAGCCUCAUCUCCGAUCAAGACCGAGGCCUCAAAACCCAGAAUGACCCUGAAAAGCGAGCCUCAAUUAUCCAAGCCAUCGAUGCCAUGGCUGAAAAGGGCAAAGGUACGGUCACCACAGCUAAUUCACUAUCCGCCACGUGGCGUUUGCUCUGGACGACAGAGAAAGAGCAGCUCUUCAUCAUAGAGAAGGCGCCGUUAUUUGGUACCAAAGCUGGCGACGUUUUGCAGGUGAUAGAUGUUGAGAAAAGGACUCUCAACAACGUGAUCACUUUCCCGCCCUUUGGGGUUUUCUUCGUCAGGUCAAAUAUCGAAAUUGCUUCAUCUCAAAGAGUGAAUUUCAGAUUUACGAGUGCUGUUCUGAGAGGGAAAAGUUGGGAAAUUCCUUUGCCUCCGUUUGGACAGGGUUGGUUUAAGUCUGUGUACCUUGAUGAUGAUAUACGUGUAGUGAAGGAUAUCAGGGGAGAUUAUUUAGUUGUUGACCGUGCGCCAUAUGCUUGGAAAGAAUGAAGAGCAAACAUGGUGCUUUUCUGAAUUAUCAUCCAUUAUUGGAUACACUGUUCAAAUCUGUUUACCUAGAUGAUGAUUUGCGGAUUGCUAAUGAUGUUCGUGGAGAUUAUUUAAUAGUUGCACGUGCUCCUUAUAAUUGGUCAGAGUGAAGGGUAACAAUUUGAUGGUGCAUGUAGAUCGCUGAACUCAACACCUCAGAGCAUCCUAAGGGUUGUAGGAAGUAUCAUGUAACGUGAUUUUUGCCUUUUGGCCAUUGUACACCAUGUAUUAGCAUUAAGGCCAAUUCAAUAAUUUGUUGUAUGUCCACGGAAGCUCUUUCCUGUAAAUAUUUUAUGUUUUGGGUUUGUGAACAUGUCUUGGGAUUUGCUUAAGCUGUCAAAACUGAGGGUCUAGGAACUUGGCCAUUUUUUUUC